ACGAGGCUCGAACGCCCCGCGCCCCACGCCCGCCGCCCCUGCCCGCCGCGCCCACCGUCCGCUGCCCGCCCGCCCGGCGCCGCCCCUGCUCAGAUGUCUCCCUUCCGCCGGCUGUGUCUGCUGACCCUCGUGGGCCUGAUUGUCCCGGCUGAAGGACAAACACUGAAGGACACAAUCAUUUCUCCUGGAGACCCAGCCCCUGUCAGCAUUCACUCCCAAACUCAAGUUCAAGACACUGACGUCCCAGAAUUGCAGUCCAGACCUCCAACCCCCGCCCGGCAGCCUGGUGAAACCACCCAGAAGCAGAGUCCGACUGGAGACGAUGUCCUUCGAGCAACACCUGCAGGCUCAGACCAGAGACACGUGGAAGGCCCCACACGCUCCCCGACACGAGUCCCAUUCAGGAUCAUCCUGAAGGACCGUGACGACAGGCCAACCGGCCCUCCGACUCCCAGGGAGAACACUCCCUUCUACUACGAUGAGUAUACUCUCCGGAAGCGGGGUUUGUUGAUCGCAGCUGUGCUCUUCAUCACGGGCAUCGUCAUUCUCACCAGUGGCAAGUGUAGACGUCUGCCCCAGCUGUGCCGGAAGAACCGCAGGUGAGUCCAUCCACUGGCAUCGAGGACCGACCAUCCAAUGGGCACCCCCAGAGCAACUGGGCCCUGCCAGUUCACCAUGCCCAGCUCCCAGCUCCCCCUGCCCGCCUGAGACCCCCGUGGUCAGUGAAGCCCUGCCCACCUGGGAAGACAUGGAUGGAUCCUGAGGCAGGGCCAGAGACCCGAGGAACCCCGUCCCCACAAGUCUGCUCUGCACCCUGGGCCUGGCCCCUCCCCCAAGUUAUUCUGUAGAGACAAAA